AUGCAACGAGUCCCGCUUGGGCAGUCCAGUGAUGGACAGGGUAGGAAGAUCGCGAUCCAAAAGGCGCCGGUGCCGCCGCAGCAGGGCAACGAGAAUGCAGAAAGAUACGAGAAAGAGGAAAGAGUGGCCAUGAGGUUGAACAAGAACCUCGUUAAUCUCUUAAAAGAACUAGAAGACCGAGUCGAUGAAGCAGACAAAAAGGCCAUUAAGCAGACAUUACAUGAUGUAUGUAUUCCAUCAGUAAUCUCGUUGCCUGAGAGCGUGACAAGGCUACUGCUGACCUUACUUCUCCAGGUUGAGGAUGAUCUUGUUUCCCUGGAUUCCUUACAAUCCGUCAGGACUUUGGGAAAAAGGCCACGCGAGCAAUCUGCGCAGAGAAAAGAGCCAUGGGAUGGCCAUCACGGAGAAGCCCUCGUAACUGCAUCCGUCGGCUCCAACGAAGAUCUCGACUUCCUUGACGAGGAUUUGAUGCGCAACCACGAGUCGAGAGAGACCGGCUACAUGGGACAGAAUUCAGAGGUGCAAUGGCUACGAAGUGUUCAGCGUCAAGCAGAACGUGGCAACUCAGACCCUCAAGGGCAGCGAUACGGGCCUCCAGGCGCAAGUUCGGCAGCGAUUGACGAACGAUCCGAAGCUUUGCACGAACGAAGACAGAAUGCUAGACCGGGCUCGAUGCAACACAUAACGGACGCGACUUUCUACCUGGACGGCGAUGAUAUCGAGGUCGAUAUUGCUGUAGAUCCACACGAGAUGCCUGGCCCAGACAUCGCUGAGAAGCUCUUUGAUUGCUAUCUGGGAACUGUACACGGCACAUUCCCUCUCAUGCCCGCUAACUUCGAAGAUCAAUUUCGACGCUAUAUUCAAUCUCUCAGGUACAGAAAUCCGUAUCAAAUCCCCCCACAAUGGCGUGCGACCAUGAACCUACUUUUCGCUAUUGGCGCCAAAUACUCUCAUCUCAUUGGUGCCGAGUGGCGAGGCGAUGAGAGAGACCAUCUCGUAUACAUGACACGAGCUGUUCAACUCUUGGGACUGAAGGAUACUAUAUCGUUCCUGGCAGCCCCCAGUCUGGGCAGGGUUCAAGCAUACUUACAGACGAAGAUUACAGAGCUGCUCAAGGAACUAGAGGACUGGGUCAAGACAGCGUUACCAUCCGAUGACAUCCGUCCGAGUAACUCCACCCAACGACCCGAACUCAACCGCGAACGUUUUCUCCUUAGAAUCUACUACUGGAGUACGAGAGUGCUCAUCACGCGGCCCUGUCUCUGUCGAAUCGAGCGAAGAAUAGCAACAGAGAGUUCCAAAUCCAUGAACUUCAACGCGGAGUCAGCAGAGACAUGCGUUGAGUCAGCUCGAAACAUGACGAUGCUGUUCCCUGAACAGCCAGAUACACAGUUCAUCUACUCUCAAGGACCAUGGUGGGAUGUGGUUCAUCUCAUUAUGCAACCAUUAGCCGUGCUGCUGCUGGAGAUGGCCUACGAGGGCAAACAUCUAAAGGAUGAGAGAGACGACAUUCUGACAUGCAUCAAGAAGAUGAUACGCUGGCUUCGUGCUAUGAAAGUCAAUGACCCAGUCGCUGCUCGGGCUCAUGAUGUCGUCUACAAGAUUUUGAACACUUGUGCGCCUGCUCUUCGGGAGCAAGUCAAGGAGUUGAUUGCCGACGAUACUGGAUGGACUUCCCAGCCCACACAGCCUACACGCUCUGGCGGUCCCUCGAAAUACACACCGCAGUCAACCUCCUGGAACGCACCAGGUGUUGCUGACUACUCAGAGGAAAUGCCGCCAAAUUUCCCACCCCCGCUUUCCCAAGAUCACUUCAUGGACCCGCUACUUCCGUACCCUCUGCCAGAACAACAACCAACGUCUUUCGCUUUCGGAAACCCCUUCAUGACGAACUUUGAUCAAGGCGUACCUCUUGUCGAUAUGCAACAGCUGUGGUGGCAGUCAGCGCCCUUGAGUCAUCUGAACUUCAAUCCUUCCGCGAUGAACAUGUCACAGCAGCAACUCAUGCAACAGCAAAUGCAGCAAAAAAUGCAUCAACAGAUGCAGCAGAGCGGUUUCGACGAGCUGGAAGACGUACAGGGCUCUUCUUGA